AUGGCAGGCAAAACCAGGAAGGCUUCUGCAUCUCUCGCAGCCAGCGGCUCUCCAGUAGAACCGCUUGAUAUAUCUCCAACCUCAUCGGGUCUCUCUUCCCCCUCCCCCUCCCAAGCUGACAUCGAGGCAGCCCUAGCCUCUUCCAGCCUCACAGUCCCAUCCCAAUCUGCCAUCCCAGCGAUCGUCGUCACAGCUCCACCCUCCCCUGCUGUGGGUGACCGCCGUCCCAGAAUUCCGACCUCACCACCUUCAAUUCUCUCUGCCCCCACUCCCGCUCCUAAAUGCCUCAAGUCAGGCAGACCUGCCGCCUCCAAGAUGGGAAAAUCUCCUUCCCCUUCCCCUUCUUCGCCUCCCAUCAUCACAGGGGGCUCUGCUUCUCAGGUUGCUUUCUGCACCACCUCACCAAAAUCUUACGCCCAGGCGGCAGCCUCAUCAAGUCCACCAAUCCCAGUCCGUCCUCGCCGCCUCUACUCUGAAGACGAACUCGCCGCUGUCUCGGCUCGCGCAGCUGAGGCCGCAGUCGCAAAAUUCACCCAUUCUUUAAACAUGGCCCCAGGAAUCUCCUUAGGCCCCGCCUUCGCGUUUCCCCAAAAUGAUUCUUCUGGUUCAUUUUCUCUGGCUCCUAGCAGGAGUUCCCGCCCUAUGCACUUGCACCGCGCCCCAGUGCGAGGCACCCUGCUCGACCCUGGUGCUAUCAAGCACCACCAAAAGCACAUCGAUAUCAUGCAAAACGGCUGGCCCUCUUACUUUCCACUGUACGAGCUAUGCUGCUCCUGGUCAGACACUUCCAAAGUCUCUGAAUCCGAAUCUCGCGCUCGCGAACGGAGUCUGUCCUUCAUGGACUUCUGUGAAGCUUCCCAGAAUCUUAUCUCUCUCAUCACUUCGCACUUGGCCUCACCUGACAGGGCCCUAAUCGCUCACUCGUGGAAAGCUCAUUAUGACAUCAUCUUCGCAUGCCACGACAUUUAUUCAGCUUUCGAAAACUACCUCGUCUACGAUGAAACUCUCUGGGUCGCCUUUCCAAAACGGUCGCAAGACUUCGACCCUGGGGAAUUUCAAUCUCAUAUCUGGCAGUCCAUCCUCGACAAUUGUCGCAACGAUGAAAUGACAGAGUAUAAGUCCCUUUUAGGGCAUCUGAAGAUCACCGCCGCAGCAGCAGCAGCAGUCCCCUCAUCAAAGCCAUCUGCCCCUGCCCCAUCAUCUAAAGCCCCUCCUCCAUCCUCCAUCCUCUUCCUUUUGCAAAGAUGCCUCCACCCCCACAGCAGACUCCACCUCCACUACCUCGUCCUCAGCCCCCCGCAAGAAAGCCCAUUGCUGGUUCUGCGGAGGCUACCACCGCCCCAAAGACUGCACCUCCGUUAG